CGCGAGCGCGCGCUCAGACGCCGUCUCGCGCCCGCGGCGUCGCGCGCUCAGCCUCGGGUCUUUUUUUUCUUCUUCCCGCCAAAACAAAAAACCGCUUCACCUACACUUAAACAUGUUCAUAACGAUUUUAAUGUAUAUGUAUAAUACGUAAAAAAUAUAGGAAAUACCAACGCAUCUCAUUAUCCUCUACUGUAUAUUACCUUGUUUUUCAUCUUAUUGUAAAAAUUAACAAAAAAUAUAUUUCUAGUUUUUUUAUUUUUUUUAGAAAAUUGUAUUAUUUUCUACACGCGUAAAAAAAAUCUGUUAUUAUUAGUCCUACCACUUACCGUUAGUUAUUACUUUUGUCGGCGGGAUAUUUUUAAAUAUUUGAUUUUACAUUUGAAAUUCUGAGGAGAAAGUGGAGUUGACAUACCACAGCUUCCUGUCGUCUAUCGCAAGACUCUUAUCGCUCCUCCUCGUCGUCCCGUGCCCUUCUUAAUUACUUUCUGUCUGUGUGUAACUUUGUAUUUACUAUUACACGUUUUGUCGCCUUGUACCGUCUUUUUUGUCCAUUUAACCAUUCGUUGUUGCACGCGUAUGUACCCAUGUACGUUGAACUUCUUUCGCACCGUACGUAGCCAACCGCGUUAAUCGGAGGUGGUUGUAGAUGCUUGUGUUGUUGUUGUUUGAGCGUAGAGAUUUGUUGUUGUUGGUUCUCCCUCCUCUGCUGUGUUGUGAUCGCUGGAUGGCGGUUCGGGUUCGUCUCGCCUUCCCCUCGUAGCGACGGUGACAUCGUUGGGGAGUGUCGUUACGGUUGUGCAGUGCUGUCGUGGUGGUGUUGUGGUGGUGGUGUUGUGGUGGUGCUGUCGUGGUGGUGUUGUCGUGGUGGUGUUAUUGUUGUGGUGGUGUUAUUGUUGUUGUGGUGGUGUUGUUGUGGUGGUGGUGGUGUUGUGGUGGUGGUGUUGUUGUGGUGGUGGUUGUUGUUGUUGCGGGAUGUUGGGGUUCGUCGUGGUCGCCACGAGCCUCGCGGCCGCGGCGAGCGCCUCCCUCAUCGAGCGCGUUCACUGGAGCACACGGGACCCGCGGUUCUUCCCGGGCAGCCACGGGGUGAUCCUCUACCCGCAGAUGGGAGACCGCAUCGACCUCAUCUGCCCCGUGAUGUCAUCAUCACCAUUCUCAUCAUCAUCGUCGUCAUCAUCGUCGUCAUCAUCGUCGUCAUCUUCUCAGUCAUCCGCAUCGCUGCCACGGAGGCAGUGGCCGCAGUGGAGCGACUCGCCCGUCGCGGAUUCUGGGUCCGGUUUGGGACUGGGUUUGGGUUUUGGUCCGAGUCCGGAUUUUGGCACCGGUCCAGGUCUGGGUUCAGAUCUCGGUUUGGGACCUGGUCCAUUCCUUGGCAUGGAUCCAGCCGUGGCUUCAGGACCUGGUCCAGGCUCGGGACCGGGUCUGGGAGUGGGUUCGGGACCUGGCCUGGGUACGGGUCCAGGUCUGGGGUUCGGUCCCAGUCCUGGUCUGGGUGUAAAUCUGGAUCUGAGCACCGGCCCUGCUCAGAGAUCCGGUGGCAUUCCAGCCCUGGCUUCUGGUCCCGGUCCAAACUGGGGUCACGUUCCUGGUCCCGAUUUGGGUCUGGAUCUGUCCUUGGAUCUGGGUGUUGCUGCUGCUGGUGGUGGUUUUGGACCAGGUUCUCGACCCAUUCUCGGUCACGGCACUGGCCCGGGUCCCGAUUCGGGUCAGGGUCUCGGCCCGGGUCCCGCCGAGUUCCACCGCCUCUACCUGGUCUCGCGAGACUCGAGCGUGCGCUGCGAGGCGCCCCCCGGCGCGCGCAACUCUCGCCUCGUGCUCGCGUGUGAUCGCCCGGCACGCGCUCUCAAGUACACGCUCAAGGUGCAGCGCGUGAGUCCCAACUACCGCGGACUCGAGUUUGCGCCGAAGAGGGAGUACCACAUCAUAUCCACGUCGGACGGCACGUGGGAGGGACUGUCCGGGCGCGUGGGAGGCGCCUGCGUCACGCACGGCAUGAGGCUCGUGCUGAGGGUGGGGCUAGACCCACGUGACGAGGAACGAGCCCGAGGCAUUAUGGGAGGAGCAGCGUGGCAAGAUGGGAAAACCACACGGCAUCACGGGAGGGCGAUGACUUCUGACCCGACACAGGGGAAGUCACGUGACUGGAACGCUUCAGACUUGCGUGACGUCACCAGCACGGCCCAAGUCCCGCACCCAGCCUACCCUGGACCGCUGCUGAUUGGCUGGCUGGCUGCAGGCUCCGCCCUCGUCCUGCUGAUUUCACUCGUUGGACUCUCGAUCACGUGGCCCCACCUCCGCCGGCACCGGGCCCCCCAGAGCACAGGACGCCGUCAGGACAGCAGCAGAAGAAGAAGGGCCAGGUCUGGGGCACGAACAGGAGGAGGGGACGACGAGGAUGAGGCUGAGGAGGAGACGGAGGAGGAUGGGGGUGUGCAUGGUGGCGGUAGUGGCGGCGGUGGGGGGGGAGGUGGCGGAGUAGCGGUGGCGCCCGGCGGUUCCCCAUGUGGAGGAGGGGCGGGAGCCCCGUGCCCGCACUACGGGAAGGUGUCCGGAGACUACGGGCUGCCCUUGUACAUCGUGCCCGACCUGGCGAGACAGCACGCCGCCUCCGUCUACUACCAGGGCUCCGAGACUCUACAAGCUGCACAAGCCGGGCGGGACGUGUGACUCGUUGGGAAGAGGUGACUGCGUAGACUGAAUCAUGGCAAGGUUUAUUUAUAUUUCAUCGAUAACGGAAUUUUUCUUUUGUUUUAAGAGCAACAAACAACAAUCGCCGCCAUUCGCCACUAAAUGGCGGUGACGUCACCACGGCGUCUGUGCCAGGCCAGGUGCACGUUUGAGGCUACGUGAAGUGUCGAAGGCUCGCUGACAGGAGGUCACGUAACAGACCCAAGUGCCAUGAAUUGAUUGAUUGAGAUGACUGGUAGAUGCACUGGCUGUGCCCCCUACGAGCAAAAAACAACACCACCACCAAGACCAUCACCAUCGACAACAACAACAGCUUUUAAAUCCCAAAGUUUGCAAUUGUAGAGGUUUUUUUCUUUUCCAGGCAUUCAAGGACUUGUCAAAGUGAUUUAUGAGGUGUGGAGAAAUGUUGAUACACUACUCUCGUAAACGCUUCAACGUUACAUCCACCAGGUACAGUAUGCUGCCGCUGUGUAAUGGUUUGAGCACACAGCCGUAUAAAUAAGCAAGAGCCAGAGGUCGCUUGUGUGGUGGGGUAAAGUGUGGGUAACUCUCCCACCUUUUCCGAGAUGUCUGGCCAGCAAGGAAGAGCAGGCCAAACUUUCCAACUGGAAGGGCUCUCGGCUGCUGUUCAUAGUGGAGGCGCUACCAUCGGCGGUGGCGUGAGCAAGCGAUUGCAGGGGCUGCAUCUUUAUAGUUUUUUUUACAUUAAACACCCACUUGACAAUACGAAAAUGCCCACCCUCCCCCCUCAUAAAAAAACAAUAGCACUCCAAGUCUACCAUCACUCACGCUGCCUUAAAACAGUCGACAGGACAGCGAGCACUUGGUUCGUAAGAGGAGAGGAAAUCCACGGGCAGGUGGAGAAAUGUCACAAACGUAGAGAGGCACUGGGAGCGCAGAUCACCGAGAGACAGUGGUUCGGAGCGGUGAGACACUGGAGAGUGACAGACUGUGGGCUGUGGAUGUGGAGAUUGAUGAUGAUGAUCGUAGUCCAGGACGCGAAUUGGUGGAUACAGACUGAGGACCAGGAAGGCAGAUUCACGUGAGGUGCAUGGACGGAAAUUCCGGAAAGAAGAAAAAGAAGAGUAUGAAGAUGACGGAUCAAUAUAAAAGCCCAGUGGUUCUCAACAUCCAUCGCACGGCAGCCGCCAAAUCAAGACUGACUCGUCCUCGCGCGCCCCACGCCCCCCGUGCCCGUCACCCCCCCCCCCCCCAGGGUUGCUAAGGCCACCAGACACAGAGAGAUCACGUGUCCGUGUCGCGUAUCAGUGUGGUUUUGUCACCGCGACGUCGAUGCCACGCUGCAAUGACAUUCGAAAUUUAGCCUGCACGGUAUCCAUGCCUCAGACUGCGCUCUAAGUGGCAAUUCCACGGAUUGAGAACUGCUAUAGUAGCCUGAAGUUUCAGGAAAUGGCCCUUCUUCAGAUCAGAGAGCGAGAGAGAGCAGUGAUCACACUUUAUAGUUUAGACUGAGGCCAUCAAAGACUGGGGGGAAAAAAAGG